GUGCCCUGUAGCCCUCCCCCUCCUGGGUACCAGUUGGCGCUCCCGGGCGCUGGCGGCGGCGGCGGAAGAGAUGGAGCCGCGUCACGAUCGUCCAGCCCCUUAAAACCCUGCUGGCUGAAGCCGCCUCCCUCCCUGCAGCCCGCAGUAGGGAUGGAGUAGAGAGGGACCCUUCGACCUGCCCGCGGGGACCAGCUAUGGAGUUAAAGCAAUCUUUGUCCACCCACCUGGAAACCGAGAAGCCUCUGAGGCGCUAUGGGGCGGUGGAGGAGACGGCGUGGAAAGCAGAGGGACUGGGGAGAAAUCAGCUGGACAUCAUCUCCAUGGCAGAGACAACCAUGAUGCCAGAAGAGAUUGAGCUGGAGAUGGCAAAGAUCCAGCGCCUCCGGGAAGUCUUGGUCAGACGGGAGUCUGAGCUCAGGUUCAUGAUGGACGACAUCCAGCUCUGCAAGGACAUCAUGGACUUGAAGCAGGAGCUGCAGAACUUGGUCGCCAUCCCAGAGAAAGAAAAAACCAAGUUGCAGAAGCAGAGAGAGGAUGAGCUAAUCCAGAAGAUCCACAAAUUGGUUCAGAAGAGAGACUUUCUUGUGGACGACGCAGAGGUGGAGCGGUUGAGGGAGCAAGAAGAAGAUAAGGAGAUGGCCGAUUUCCUGAGAAUCAAGUUAAAACCUCUAGACAAAGUAACCAAAUCUCCAGCCAGCUCCCGGGCAGAGAAGAAAGCAGAGCCUCCACCUAGCAAGCCCACAGUGGCCAAGACAGGGCUGGCGCUCAUUAAGGAUUGCUGCGGGGCCACCCAGUGCAACAUCAUGUAGCCCCCACGUGGGGUGCCCCGGGGCUGCGGGGACCCCCUCCCACCCUCUUGUCGUCAUAGCCCCCAUUUCACUGGGGCUCAAGAACUCUCCAAGGCGGAAGGGGUUAAAGGCAAGCCUGUGACUGCCACCAGGGGCCAUGGCCGUGGCAGGCAGGCCAGCCACCCUGUACAGAGUGUAGCAAUAGGGAGUCCCUCACUGUCGCAUGGCCCUCCCCAGAGCAUGCCAAACCCAGGAGUCUGUCUCACCAUUUACCCAACCACCAGGAAAGGUCCUCCCUCACAAAAGUGUAUCUCCACUUCUAUCUAGCUGUAUCUAACCCCACUGUGCUGAAUGAACUGGGAGAGGGGCAUGAUCCCCAGGUGUGUAUAGUUGUAACUUUUCGACAAUCUAGCACCAUGCUGGACACAUCCCCCACCCACCUUCCUAGCUCUGCCAUCAGUCCUGGCCCAAAAGGGCACAAGUCCCCUCCCCUGUCUGUCCUCUCCCAGGGACUGUGCUCUGGACGGCUCCACCUGGCCCACGCGUCUCUCAGGUGCCAUCAGUAUCGCCUUCUUGGAGACCAAUGGCCUGCCCUACACACCGAGCUAGUGAGUGCUGUUGUGGUCACAUCUCCUCUUCCUCUCAUCCCAUGCCCGGGCCUGAUUCACAUCAGGAGGGGUCUGCCAGAGUGUGGAGCAGAGUGAAGAUGGCAGGCCUGGGCAGGAACAGAUCCAGGGCUCGGACGAGGUAGCUGAGAGCUGGAGGCUCCCAUGCUGAGGCCAAGAAGGAUGAGAAGGAGACCCGGAGCAGACGCAGACCCAGGUCCUCUUCACCCACCCAGGCCACUGCAGGAGUGCCAGCAGGACGUGCCCCACCAGCCCGACACAAGACCUCCGUGAAGAACGGGGCCAGGCAGGAGAGGCAGCCUGACCCAGCCGUGUCCCAUCAUGUGAUGUAUUUGAGCCAGCCUAACAACCCCACCUGUGUAGCUUGAUGGACCUUUGCUACAGCCAGCCCGGCACAGCCUGUGUGACCUCUCUACGUGUAUGUUGUCGUGCCCGGCCUAAGUAGUUAGCGUAACUCAAGAUUCGCUGAUGCGCAAUCACCCAUCAGAGAAAAUAAAAAUGGAAACCACGUACAUAGCAUUUUAACAGUUUUUACUUUUCUUCUUGAUUAUGGGAGUAAUUCAUGUACACAGUAAAUAAUUUUUAAAGUAUAUAAAGCAUAAAGAAGUUUGUUUUUUUUUUAAAUACCCAUGAGUCCUCUAAUUACAGACCUCUGAGUUUUUGGCAUGUUACCUUGAAGUCUUUUUUAUGCAUUUUGUUUUUCCUGAUUGGCCACUGUACCAUUUUAUAACAAGUUUUUCCCCCCACUUAUUGUAUCACUAUUUCUUUGCAUCAUUAAAAGUUCUUUGUAAACAUUAAA